AAGUCUAUCACACUUAAUAAUUUAUCUUAACGACCGAGUCUAACUGUCAAUGGAUGAUUGCUGAGAACUUCCACAUCUAGGUGUGUUUUUACGGCGACAGUCAUGGAGCCAUCGCAGGUAAGAGUAACAGACGUUUGAAAAUGUUGUUUAAACCGUCUAAAUGACGAUGUGGUGGACGAAUUAGAUUGUUUUACUGCGCUAACGAGCUAGCUACCGUUAACCGCAGCUGGACACUGAUUAGCCUCAUUCAGACAGAGGGGGUGGGGGGUGGAGGUUCAGAACAACGUACCCGGCAGAGGGUUGGCGUCCGUGGCAUUAUAACAUGUCAACAGAAUCUCCUGGCGUUUUAUGUCGUUGAUGAACCAAAUUCUCAGCAAAUACUCACGAAAUACUGGGCGCAGGAAUCGUAAAGUACAGGCACAGCUGGAGAUGCUCCACAGUGCUGACUCUGAGGUAAGUGCGUGUUUUUUGCUUUGAUAGUUGCAGUUUACAAUUGAUCUAAUGUCGGGAAAUUGAGAUAGUUUUGCAGUAUUAUAGUUGAAAAUGUUAUCAUAAUCAUUUUUAUCAAUAUUUAGAUGAACAAGAGCCAUGCUUUCAGUUCCACUUUUGCCACAUUCCAAAGUCAGCUUAACUAAUCCAAAUAAACUAGGCCAAAAAUCAGAUCAUUGCAUUAUAUGAAGGCAACAUUUGACUAAUCAGCUAUAACAUUAUGACUACUGACGUGUUUAAGUGAACAGCAAUGAUUGUCUCUUUACAGUGGCACAUGUCAGUGGGAUUUGUGAGGCAGCAGGUCAACAUUUUGUCCUUAUACUUGGGUGUGUUGGAAGCAGGAAAAUAGGUGAGUGGGAGGAUAUGAGCAACUUAAACAUGGACCAAACUGCACUGGUGAUGAUGUUAAAGUUGAUGUCAGAACACACAGUUCAUCACAGUUUGUCAGACAUGGGGCUGUGUAGCUGCAGGCUACCCAAGAUGUCCAUGGUGUCCCCUGUUUACUGCUGGAAGAGUCUACGCCGGACAUGUGAGAGGCAGAACUGGACUUUAGAGGGACAGAAUAAGGGGACCUGCUCCAAGUUUUACCCAGAUAUUAUUCCAAUCAAGCAUCUGUGGGAUGUGACAGACAACAAAGUUUGAUUCGUGGAGGUCCCACCUUGUGUAACUUCCAGGUCACAAUAUUAUGGCUGAUUGUUGUCCAUACAAGUACACUAAAUUACCCAGAGUUAAAUCAUCAGAUUCUUGUUUACACUUCAGUUUGGUGAAUUUCUGCUGAUAUUAAAAUGUUUGCACUCAAGUCGACCUGGGUUUGACCCCCACCCUUGGCCCUUUGCUAACCCACCAUUUUCAGCUCCUCAUCAAGACAGUGUGAAGAAAUCAAUGUUUACAUGUUGAAAUAUGUACAAAAAAAUCUUCCAAUAAACCUACUCACCACCUUAAAGGAUGUUUUUUUUUAUUUGCUCCCACGUCCUCUUUUCCCCACUGCUGUUGCAGCUGAAAUAAGAAGGACAGUGAUGAUGGUGAUCACACACACUACAUGACAACAUAUUAGGGGACCAUAAAUCUAUGAACGCACAAAUGUAAUUUACACAAUUUUCCUUUUUUUUUGCUGGCAGUCCCUCCAGCUUCGAGCGGCUGCAGCAGUCUUGGAAUGUUGUUAUAAUGUUGCGGUACUCCUCAUAAUUGCGUAAAAUAAUGCUCUGUCUGCUGUGAAAUAUGACACUCGUGCAGCCUUCUCCAUUGUGUCUGGUGGCGCUGACCCCGCCUCCUUUACAUGUGCGUGCACAGAUCUAGAUCGGCCACAAAUGGAUUCAGUUAUCCAUUAUCAUAAAUCCUGCUUUAUAGUACAGUUGAUCGAGAUUACGGAGAUCUGGUGAAGUUGAGCGAGUUGUCGCAGAGUUAUCCUGUGUGCGUUAAUCCAGCUUCGUUGUACAGGCCUCUGGUUUGUGUCAGCGAUGUCUUGCUUUGUUUGUCCCUGAUAUUUUGUACACAGAGCAGGUAAUGAUGCUUUUAAGAAAUACUUGCGUGGCAUAAUAUUUUGUCAACAAGUUUUUUAAAUCAGUGUACAUCAUAAAACAUACAUAAUCACUACUUAACUCAAUCUCAAUGCAGUUUAAAUUAAGCCUGUUUCUUCAGUCAUUCAUUCAUACUGUAUCUCACAGCUUUAUAAAUACAUUACCAAACCUGCUGCCACUCUUUAAUGUCGUGUCUGUUGUGUUGCUCACACAAGUCAAUGACAAAUUUCUGUUAUUUUCUAUUCUAUUCUUCUUUAUUCUUUUUGAUAUUAAUCAGCCAGUGAUAGUCUUAUUUUAGGUCCACUGCAGACGAUCAUUUUCACCUACCGUCUUCUAUUUUUUUAGACUUGCACCAUGCGGGUUUCUACCUGAACUGAGUCUGAUUUGUGAUGUAAUUAAAAUGCUCCAUGAGUUUUAUUCAUCUUCAGCUGGAGGGUUUAUUCAUGUUUUAAGUCUGUGUCUGUUUUGGGGGUUUGUUAAAAGAGAUCCACAGCUCCCCCCCUAGCUGUGGUUCUCACUGGCAGCUUAUGGACAGAUCAGGGACGCCAGGCUAAUCAGCCACAUGAUGUCUGGGCCGUGGCAACACAGCAUCAGCUGGCUGACUAUCUCCAUGGUAACCAUCUCACAAGCUGUUCGUCCUCUUGUUGCAGGUGUCGGUGGGAACAGAAAUGAUCUCCUCAACAGUCUGACCUUAAAAGAACCAACAGAGAGAGAGAGAUAGAGAGAGAGAGAGAGAGCGAGCCAGACGCCCCAGAGCUGCUGAUGGAGAAUGGAGACCUGGGUCACAUGGUGCGUGUGUAUGUCUGUGUGUGUUUGUGUGUGUGUGUGUGUGUGUGUGUGUGUGUGUGUUGGCUUUUAUAUAUUGGCAUUUCAAGGCAGGAUAUUCAUGGCCCUGUUAUGCCUCGUCUGCAGUGUGGGAUGCAAUUAGGCAGAAUAUUAGGGCAGAAUUAUACAUCUUUGACCUCCUCUGGAAGGAAGUAACAGAAGCUUUAUGGAGGGAAGAUGGUAAGAUGGUGGUGAUGAUGGAUAAUGUCUGGUGGAACCGCAGUGUGUGUGUGUGUGUGUGUGUGUGAGUGUGUGUGGUAGAGCUGGACGAUUUUGGAAUAUAAUCUGUUUUGCGAUUUUACUCCUUAAUAUUGCAAUUGCAAUUAAAUAUGCAAUUUUUUUAAAGGUCCUCUUCUAACAUAUUUUUCAACAAACACAAAAAAUAAAUCAGUCUGUAUUUUAGUAAACAAUGUCAGAUUUAUUAUUCAUAAAUUGUUCUUUCUGGCAAUUAUCAUUUCACAUACACACACAGGCUCAUCUACAUACUGAUGGCGAGAUGUAAUCGGUGCCCAAAACACUGGAGUCUGGACUGUUUAUUCAGCUGUGCUGCCAUCACUGUAUUGGAUGAGUUUUCGGUUGCAGACAUAGUUUAAAGUUGAAGCACUGGUCGCUGGUGUUUUAGCCAUUCAACUAUCUUACAUGGCUUUGUUGCAUUUUUUUUAAGUGUUAAUAAAGGUUUGUAGUGUUACCUCCUGAUGUAGUAACAGUGGCACAACAGGUUCUGCGCACGUUGAGCAGCAGCAUCUUUUUAUUCAAAAAAUAAAUCCACACAACUGCCGUGCUGCUCCUCUUUUGUACUAAACGAACAAGCGAACAAGUGAAAAGGUUUUUAGAUAGCAUUUCACCCCGCUUACACCGUGGAUGAGAAGAUGCUGAUUCUAGAAGUCUAGAGGUGGAUUUUCUCCUCUGGAAGGACACAAUCUACUGCUUAUAUGAUUAUGUGACUGUCUUUAUAGAGACAACUAGCUAUUGCAAGAACCUGCGGAUUCAUGUUUAAUCACGCGAUUCCUCACGAUUCCAGCUGUCCGUAAUCUGCCAUGAAAUUUGCCGCACAAAUGGAUCUGGUAAGAAUUGGCGGACAGCGAAAAUCGCCGCAGUUCUGGAUGCAGUAGAAAUUAGGGGUAAGGAAACAUUCGGCCUUAACAUUUUCAACAGCUAGUGUUCACAUUUUCAACACAUUUGGCUGUUGAAAGAAAACAGAGUACAAAUGAAAUACCUGAAAUACCAGGGCAGUAAAGUGAAAAAAUACACACCUUUGACCAGAGGGGGCGCCAAGAUUGACAAAGAACAAAAGCAAAGGAGAGUUUUUUGUGGAUCACUGACAAAGUGAUCUUUAACAAUUUUUUUUUCAUAGAUUAUUGUUUUCUGAAGUUUUUUUAUUUAGGUUGGGGCAAAAGUUGAAGAGAAUUCACAGUUUAAAUUUGUAAGACCAUUUUCUGUUUUCUCUGACUGCUGGUACUCCUCUGUCCAGAUGGGGGAGCCAGUGAGUCUGAAUGUGGGCGGCUGUGUUUACAGCACGUCUCUGUCCACGCUGCAGCGCUAUCCUGAUUCCAUGCUGGGAGCCAUGUUCGGAGGAGACCUCCCCACCGUCAGGGACUCACACGGGAACUACUUCAUCGACCGUGAUGGUCCGCUGUUCCGGUGAGUUUGUGUCUGCUUGAUAUUUGAUAUUUGUGUCCACAUGGUAAAAUUAUCUGACAGGCAGAAGAAUCCCUUUGACCCUGCAGUAAUAUGUUGGUCAAUUAAUCACCUAUAUGCAAAAUGUUGAUGGUGACGUGUCAGUAAAAAGCAAAGUCUGAGAUGUUAUACAAUGGCUCAUGCACAGAGGAUAAACCCUUUUAUUCCAAUAAAGUUAAGAUAUGCUGUCUGGCGCCCCCCUCAGGCCUACUCUGACCCAUCAUCAUCAUCAAAACUCUCUAAAGCCUCAGUUUAGUGUUUUUUCACGACAGGACACUCAAAGUUUGACGUGUUGUGCUUUCAGUGAUCCUCAUCUGUUCAUUACUGUUUCUAAGUGAAGUGUCUGACUCACUGAGACUUUACUGAUGUAUUAGUGAUCCGUUUUUACUCAUUUUUUUCCACCUGAGCCCUGUCUAAACCUGCUCUCCUUUGCUGUUAUUAUCCUGUAAUUGUUGCCUGCAGUUAUGCCGUGUGGAUUGCUGGUAGAAAGGGUUGUGUAGUUUUUUUUAUCCAUGAAGGAGACUGUUUCUCUUGUCCCAUUUGAUCAGCUACAUUGACUCAUUAUUUGACCACAUAUUGAUCUUUUUCUAAACCUAACCAAACUGUUACCAUCAGAGCCUUAAGAUGUUUGCUUGGAUCUAGAAACCAAAUCUACUUUGUGAGACUCAGGAAAGAUAAAAGAGAUCCAGAUUUUUUUAAAAGUGUUAUUUGGCACAGGACGCAAUAGUCACAUUUAAAUCAGUCAAACACAGCAAAGGUAGACAGGAUUAGUUGGAGAUGUGACUAGGGAAAAAAGGCCAACUGCAACCAAGAUAAUGUUAUGAUGUUGAAUAUCAUGGUCUGUUUAUCCAGAUGAUGAUUUUUGCUGUACUGGAGCAGGUCGAGCACCGGCCUACAUUAAAGAGGUGAGGGUCAGACCUGAUAAAGGAGAUGAGGUACCCCAGGUGUCUCUGCUGUCCUGACUGUAUCUGACUGCUCCCAGUCUCCCAGAAUUAUCAGCUCAGCAGUCUGGAUUGAUCCGGUCCUUGUUUCUGCUGUCUCAGCUACAUCCUCAACUUCCUGCGGACGUCAGAGCUCACACUGCCAUGUGACUUCAAGGAGACUGAGCUGCUCAGGAAGGAGGCCGACUUCUAUCAGAUCGAGCCCCUGAUUCAGUGCCUGGGAGACCCCAAACCCCUGCUGCCCUACCCUACAGACACCUAUGAGGAAGUGGUGGAGCUGUCCAGCACCAGGAAGCUGUCCAAGUACUCCAACCCUGUCGCUGUUAUCAUCACUCAACUCACCAUCACCACCAAGGUCAGUGCCAGAGGGGUCAUUGGAGGUCAUUGGCUUAUUAAGAUGGUUAAGGGACCGACUUCACUGCAGUGUUCAACACAGUCUUUGGAGGUGAAUACUGCUAUCUUUAGGAAUCUGCACGCAAACUUGACUUCAGCAAUCUCUUCAUGACUUUAAAGUUGAAGGUGUGCAGCACAAACAAAAGGGGGCUGAGCAUGCAGCCUUGGAGUGCUCCAGUGUUGGGGGAGUCUGGACUCCAUAUCCAAGGUGUUAAAUGACUGUUUUGAAGUCCAAUAUGCAGAUGUAGGGUUUGUUUUGAUGCCCAGGUUUUCAUGUGGAAAACUGAGCUGGUAUCAGCGAAAACAAACAUAUCUUAAAGAUGUGUUGAGACUGAGCAGAACAUCCUCUGCAGAUCCUUCGGCCUUGAGAGUGCAGGCUUGUUGUGUACGCUGUCUCCAAUAGUGUGGAGAGUCUCUGUAUUAAAGGAUGAAGUGCUACAAGUGGGGAGUGAUAUAACCAACUGAUGAAAACGACACAGUGCUGUAUGACACACAGUGCUUACUUCACAUUCGUUUUUGUUCUACCAUUUUGUCAAAGAUGCUUUUAUUUUUAAAGCAUGAAAAGAAACUUCUGUUGUAUUUAAAGUCAAAGGAGUAAAUGAGAACAGCAAAGAGAUCCACAAACAAUGAAACAUGUUUGAUUUCUAAGCACCACCUGAGGAUUAAUCAUCUCUCAGACUGUCUGUUUCAUCUCUGUGUCGUCUGAAGAGCAGGUGUGGAGCUGCUGCUUUCAGUCUGGGAGUGUGUGAUUAGAAGAUCUGACCUACUAUGAGAAAUAUCACUUAUACAUUAACAUUGAAAUUACAGGGUAAUGUGGAUAAUUAAUGGGUAAAAAAAAAAGAAUAAAAGCUCCCUGCAGUUGCAAAUACCUUUCACAGAGGCGGUGAGGGAGGGAGGCAGACAGGUGGGGGACUGCAAGCAAUAGUUUAAUGAAAUGGUGACCUUUUGUAGUUAUGGGGUAAUUUAGACUUCCUCUAUGAGGCAGGGGAGACGCAGCUGAGAACAGUGAAGCAGUCUCUCUGUUUCUCUCAUUCAACUACAAGAAAAAAAGAGUGUAUUAAUGCCUGAUUAAAACCCUUUUAGAAUGAGGAUUAAAGCUCUGGGUUUCUCUCAUUGUUGGACAUACGAUGUGUUAGCCUCUUACUGAGGUGGUUGUCGAUUGUUUUGGACUUCACAGGUCACUGGGAGACAGUGAAUUGUUAGUAUCUGAGAGGGAUCAUAUCAUCAGAGAGUAAGUGCCCUCUGCUGUUCAAAAAGAGUACUGCUGUUCAUUUUUCAUCUCGCGGAUUCCGGUCAUCCCUCAUGUGCGUCAAAUUUGAACCAACCCUGGUGCUGUAAUGUGCCUACUUCUCUAAUUCUAGGGAACUGGGAUGAUGAUAACAGUCUUGAGGUAAGCAGUGCCACUGUCCCACAACAGUCAAGAGUUAAAAAUGAGGUUUAUAACACAGUUAGGGUCCUUAUUCGAGCCUUCAGUUUUACUCAAUUUCUUCUCACCUUGUGGAUUCAGACAAUAACCAGCCGAAUGGAGGAGGGGCCGACUGGCAGCUGACGCUGUUUUUUGAGCAAAGCAAUCACAAAAGGUGUCAGGCCCAUUUGGCAGCAGGGGCUAACACCAUUGUGACGACUGCUUUGAUGGUUUGAGAUAAUGUGGGCUUUGUGAUGCACGUGUUUGGUGUUGUUGGUGCUCAGUUUACCGACCAUCUGUCUUGAUGCCUUUUGUUUUAAAGCUAACUUUCUGUUUUUUUGAGCUCAGCUCUGUGACUGCUAACAUAAAUAGGAAAGAGGACAUCUAUUGAACCGAUCAAGGAUUAUAUAAUCCCUCUGUUUAUCACGUAGUAGCUCAGAAUCUGCUCAUUUGGAGGCACUAAUUAUUUGAUCAAAUGCUUUAAGAUAAAGAAAGCAGAAGAAGCAGCAGAAAUACUAAGUUGCACAGAAAUAAAAUACUGGACUAAAUCACAAGUAUCUCAGGUUUUAUUGUUUUAAAACUAAGUUCAUGUUAGCUAGACCCAGGUCAGGGUUAGUGCUACUACACUCAGAGGCGUAGUGCCAAUGUUAGUCAUUACCUGGUGCUAGCUGAUAAGAAUCAGAAGUGUUGUUUGGUCUUCAGCUUUGGUCUGAUGUCCCAGAUUAUGAAACAGAUUCCUGCUCUCCUCCCUUGAAAACCUCUGAAAGGUAGUUUGGUGCCUUUAUUACUUAAAAAAAAUGUCAUGGAGGAAUGUUAACAGCAACCGCAAAACUCCUCUUGGUUUGAGGAUAUGUUUGGCAUCUUAAUCGAAAGGUUCUAUCCUUUCUUUAAAAAAAACGCUGAACAGUUUUUUUAUAUGAAACAUCGUAUUAGAUGAGCGCACUGAGAUAAAAAAAAUUAGCUGGGUACACGGUCUGUAUUCCAGAACAGUUGGAACUCUGUGUAAAAAGUGUCCAAAAACAGACUGUGAUGGUUUGUAAAACAUUUUAUGUUGUUUUUCUGCCACAUUUGACUUUAGUUGACAGGACAGCUGAAAAGAGAUCGAUCAUGUGGAAGAAGGACAAGCAGCAAAGGGUUAUAGCCUGGAGUCAUGUGGCUUGGCGUUAAAAACAGACAUGACUCUGUUUUGGAAAUUGCCGUAUUAGCCUAAAAUCACUCCAAAAGUCAGUGUCUGAAGACCCAGACGUCACUUCAUCAACAAAAUAUGUAUAAAAACAAUUCAGCUGAAAGAGGAAACCAGAGAUAAACAUGAUCCAGCGCACUUGUGACCUAACUGGGCCUAGGACAGACUUAGGCAAAGUGGAAAACUGUCCAGGGGUCUGACCAAUCAGAAUACGGCAUGUCCCCUGAUCUAAAGAGGAGAGGGGCUACCUGGAUUUUUAUUAGUUCACUGUUUAAAACCCAAUAUCUGUGAUGGUGUAGGGAUGCAUUAGUGUCUACAGCUUGGGUAGUAUACACAUCUGGAGAGACCAACCGGGCCGUACCAUAUCCUGUGUGGUUGUAGAAAGGACAGAUUCAGGUGCUGAACUGGUCUCCCUGCAGUGCUGACCAUCGUCCCCUGAAAACAUUUGGUGUGUCAUGAAAUAAAAAAUCCGACACAGGAAACCCUGAACUGUUAAGCUGCUGAAAUCUCAAACCACACUUGAGAGGGAUGAUACUUCACUUUUCAAACUCCAGGAACUGGUCUCUUUGGUUCCCCAGCACUUACAGAGAGUCGUGAUGGACCACGAUGGUGAACAUGUCCCAACUGUUCUGAAAUACAAUAUAUAGAAAAUAUUUUCAAUUAAAUAAAGGGUGUAAAUACCUUGUAAACUAUCAUCUUCUGUUGAUAACAGUGAGUAGACUGUAAAUAAAAACAAUAAUAUCUAAGAGAAACAGAAAAAGGAGAAAAAUGACUCUCCCUCCAUUUUUUAGGUCCAGGCUGUGUUGGAGUCCAUCUCCAGCAGUUUCACAAAGUGGAACAAACACAUGAUGGACACCAGAGAGUACCAGGUGUCUUUCACCUUUGGACCAUGUGAUCACCAACAGGAAGUCAGCCUGCGUGUCCACCUGCUCGACUUCAUCUCCAAAGCAGUAUGUUGCAAACAUGUGAAACAGAAAUAAUCAAAACGAAACAUCUGAAUAGUUCUACUGUGACGUUUUUAUGUGUGUAAUCAAAUGUUUCACUGCUUCUCCAGGGAUUCACGAUACGGAACACACGUGUUCACCACAUGAGCGAGCGGGCCAAUGAGAACACAGUGGAGCAUCACUGGACUUUCUGCAGACGGACCCACAAACUCAACGAUUGAUGGAUAAACUCAUGAAUGGACUCAGACAAUGUCGUCGGAGUGUCUGCACUCAGAAAGAGACUUGAUUGGUUUUCUUCUUCAUGUUUUCUAUGAUGUUGUAUUCUCAUUUUUCUGUCUCUUCCGAGCUGAAGCACAAUGUGAGGUUACUUGAAGGUUAAUAUAAAAGCCACUUGUGAUAUAUUAUCAGAUUCAACCCUUACUCUGUCAUCUUCACAGUGUGGCCUAAAGUAUGUGGAAAACUCUUUUUUGUGUGUGUGUGUUUAAAGCUCUUCUAAAGAGAUUUUAUCUUGUAAUGAUUCAGACUGAAACCGCCUCUCAUGGUUCUGUAGACCUACAAAAGCAAACAAGGUCAACAUCUACACACUUGGUCCACAGUAGAGGUCGCCGUAAUUGACACAUCCAAAAGUCUCCCACUGAAGCUUUUACUCUGAAGCUUUCAAAUGAUGCUGUAGUCCAGAAAGUGCUUCCAACUUCAUGGCUAAGAUUUUUGCAAAUACUUUUACCUGUAUUUAAUACUUGAGUCACUGGAAAGUGUAGGAAAUACUCUCAAAUCAAAGUGAUAAAACUAUACCUGAUACCCUUAAAGUGUAAAAAAGUUUUGACUCCGGACCAGUUUCAGCACUGCUGCUGCUGCUGAGUACAGGAUCACACAGACAUAGGGGGCUUACAGUUCCACUUUACCAUUACAAUCAGGAUACAUGCAGCGAUGAUAAUUCAUGUUUAUUUCAUUUAAAAAAGUUUUGGCAGACCUGAGGAUAUAACACUUAGUGAAUAGAAAUUAAAACUAAACCAUAAUUUUACAAUGUGAAGCAAGAACGAUGAUUUCAUAUCACUGAAACACGAGUUCAAGGUUUCAGGGCUAAUCUUUGUUAGAGGAUGAUAUUAGAUUUAUUCAAAUGAAAAGUCACACAGAAAGACACAGCAUCUCCUUCCCUACUCUUAGUCAUCUCUGUUGUGUCAGAUUUUUUGAAGCAGUUAUUUUCAGAGGAUGACUGCUUAUCCUAAACAUAACCCUAGCUGAGGUCGUCAUCCGAAUUUAACACUGAUCUACCACGGUGAGCUAUGAACCACUUUUAAAGUACAGAAAAUCUGGACUUCACUGUUACUUUACAGUCAUACGCCAAAAAUCAAACACUUCCUGAUACAGGCCCCUGAUCUUCACCAGAGGAUAAGUCUGAAUUCUUCACCAGCAUUUAAAAACAAAGUGCCUCAGUAGAAGGUUUUAAAAUGGAAAGAAAAUGUACAAAAUCUUUGAGCAGUGGAGUUUCUUUUGUUCAUGUCACUGAUUUUGACACACCUGAGCUGGGUUCUGGGACAGAUAUUUGAGCCUCUAAGAAUCGUCAUGUUUGGUUGAGCCUCCAUGCUCCAUUGCUAUAAAAUGACGGGGUAGUCCACAUACUUUUGGCCACUUGUUGUUUGGUACAGCAAGGUUCUGGCUUAUCAGCAGCAGUAUAAAUGUGUUUUUGCAUCAGUUCAUGUUGAUUGUGAAUAAAUUAGUAAUAAAAAAAACCCUGUUUGCCUGGAUCACUUCA